AAUGAAUAAUGAAUCCUUUGUAUAGGAGUUAAUAGUUUGGAAACUAACUAUAACUUGGAGAAUAAGUAAAUAUUGGAAAACAAGUAUAUCUAAGACUUUCCAUCAUAUAACCGAAAUAAACCAUAUAUUUUAUUGGUGUAAAUGGAAAGAAAUCUAUAUCAUAUAGAUAGUUUAGUUAAUUUUACAUAAUUGCGCUAUAGAUAGUUUCGUUCAUUUUCCAUAAUACCUUAUGGAAAAGUUCCUUAGCGAUAUAUUGCUGCCGGUUUGUGCAAGUUAAUCGUUUAAAACCUACUCGCAAUUGCUUAAACCCUCUUGAACCCUACAAUCAAGCAUUAACUGCUCAAGAUGUACCGCUCUGUCUGUACCAUGUCCAGGUUCUAUUGCAACUCGAGCGGUCUUGUUCCUCGAUUUCUUGUUGUUUGUAACAAUUCUGCCCCGAAGACUGCAACGCUGAGAUACGUUUCAUCUUCUAAUCUGCGCUGUUCUUCUAAGACAUCAACGCCCGCACCAUCUGGCACUGCAAAAGAUAAGAUAACCCCGGUGGUGGACAACUUUUUGUUCUCUAGCAUCUUUCAAGGUUGGAUGAAUGGACUUUUUCAACAAGAAAAAGAACAACCCGUUGUGAAUGAAGCGAACAACACAACUCCUUCGGUUACUCAUCAAGAGAAAGAAGAAUCUUGUGUGGAUGAGGCAAAAAACACAACUCCUUCGGUUACUCAUGAAGAGAAAGAAGAAUCUGUUGUGGAUGUAGCAAAAAAGACAACUCCGUCGGUUAAUCAUAACGAGAAAGAAGAAUCUAGUGUGGAUGAAGCAAAAAAGACAACUCCUCCUUCUGCUAUUGAUUUAGCUCUUAACUCAGUGGUUAAGGUCUUCACCGUCUCUAGCAAGCCUAGACUUUUUCAACCAUGGCAGAUUAGUAUGCAGAAUGAAUGCUCUGGCUCUGGAUUUUUAAUCUCGGGAAAGAAGAUUAUUACAAAUGCGCAUGUGGUGGAUAAUCACACAUCAGUUAAAGUACAAAAGCACGGUUCAGCCACCAUGUACAAAGCAAAAGUUCGAAUGAUUGGGCAUGAAUGUGAUUUAGCCAUCUUGGAGGUCGAUAACGAUGAGUUUUGGGAGGGAAUGAAAUUCUUGGAGCUUGGAGACGUACCCAAGCUGCAGGAAGAGGUGCACCUUGUUGGCUAUCCUUGUGGUGGUGACAGUAUAUCCGUUACAAAAGGUGUUGUGUCGAGAGUUGAACUAAAAGAAUAUAGUCACAGCUCGACAGAGCUACUCACAAUACAAAUAGAUGCAGCUAUCAAUUCUGGAAAUAGUGGUGGUCCUGUAUUUUUGGGAAACAAAGUGGCUGGUGUAGCAUUUGAAGGUUUGUUCUGGUCCGAUGGUAUUGGUUACAUGAUUCCAACUCCAGUAGUUAAGCACUUUUUAGACUGUGUUGAAGAAAAACAUGUUAGUUUCGGCUCAAUGAAUAUAUCAUAUCAGACGAUGGGGAAUGCACAAAUUCGUGACUAUUUCAAGAUGAGCAAAGAUAUGACAGGGAUUCUUGUAAACGAAAUAAACCCGCUGUCCGAUGCUUACAACUUUCUGAAAAAGGAUGAUGUUAUUCUCGCCAUUGAUGGUGUUCCUAUAGGAAAUGAUAGUAAAGUUCCGUUUCUUAACCAAGACACUGUAGAUUUCAAGCAUUUGGUCUCUAUGAAGAAACCAUCUGAAACAGCUCUAAUUAAAGUAUUAAGAGAGGGGAAAGAGUGUGAGUUCAAUGUCGGUCUAAAACCUGUGAAACCGCUAGUUCCAUUGCAUAAUUUUGACAAGAUGCGAAGUUACUAUGUAUACGGAGGGUUUCUUUUUGUACCUCUAUCUCAACCAUACAUUGAUGGCUCUGAUAUGUGCGAGUGUUCUUCCAAAAAGAUGCCCAAGAAAGCCAGUGAACAGAUAGUAAUCAUUUCUCAGAUCUUAGAGGAUGACAUCAAUGCAGGAUACGCCAGUUUUGAAGAUUUACAGGUGAAGAAAGUGAAUGGAAUUGAAGUGGAUAAUCUGAAGCAUCUAUGUCAAGUCAUAGAGGAGUGUAGCACCGGGUUUUUGAGGCUGGAUUUGGAAAAUGAAAAGGUUCUCAUCCUCAACAAUAAGUUGGCACGAAAAGCAAAUUCUACGAUCUUGAAAGAACUCAAAAUACCGUCGGCCAUGUCCGAUGACCUUCAACCUAGACAGGUGAACAGGAGCCGCUUAGUUAGUCCUCGGCAUAGCAAGAAAAAUAAUUAGUUUCCGGCCACUAAGUCAGCUUCAGCUGCAGCUUUAUCCCUUCUAAUGUAGUAGGAUUUUAUAAUGUCAUCAAUAGAACAAAAAUUGUUGACUUUUCAUAUUUUUUGUGUGCCAGUUUAAGUGACUUUUAUAUUAUCUAUAUUCAAUACUACAAUUUUGAAUGUUACUUGCUCUUCAACACUAUAUUAUUUAUUAUAAAUGUAUACCAAUGCUAGUAUGUUUGAUUCAACAAUAAUGCAACGUUAUGAAAGGCACGCCGUCGCCAUCUAAAAAGGUUAUUAUCAAUACUGUAUAGACGUGUCUCAGAAGUUGGUUCACAUGAAGAACUUUGUUUUUAAAUUUUUUUCUGUAAAAUGGUUACAUUCCAGUCCAAACCAUUUUAAAAUGACUAUUUUUUAACAAUGUUAUUGUAUAUUUAAUGUCGAUAUCAACAAAAUUGUAAUAUCUGGUAUAA